GUGGCGAUCGCUCGGGGGCGUAACCUUAUCGGCGCAUUCUCUUUAAAAAGAUAAAUAUGUACAUAACAGAGGAGGAAAGGGACUGCAGCUGGUACAAUAUCUCUGACAGAUGAAAGAUUUUUAUUCAUUUCCAAGUCCGAUGAAAAAGUUCAUGACAACGCAAAUAUGAAAAAAACAUUGGUUGCAUUGAGGAGUUGCGCUGACAAUAACACAUUUGCGGUCGCCAAGUUUGCUGAAUGUCUUGUACACCACUUCAGUGGCAACGGCAACAGUGCGGACCAAGUCUCUGUUCCUGUGCGUUGCAGACUUGAGGACAAUCUGCUGAAGAUCUCUGCUGCGAGUCAGGAUGACACUGAGAAAAAGGGCAAUGACGUUUUUGUGUGGGACCCCAAAGGGCAGAAAUUUUACUCUCCACACAAAGACCACUUCGCAGUUUUGCAGCAUUCCCCUGAAUGUCCUGUGGGGAACAUGACUGACUACGAUAAAGAGAUUGUACCUCCUGAAGACAUGAGUAGAGGAAUUGAUGUUGCCGUUUCUAUUCUGUUGCAAUCCAAGGAUUGCAGAAUAUUGUUUACAAGGAGACCAGACCACAUGAGAACGUUUCCAAGGGCAUGGGUGCCACCAGGAGGUCACAUAGAGAUAAAUGAAACGUUGAUAGACGCAGGCUUGAGAGAGCUGAAAGAGGAAACCGGCCUUGAACUCAGAGCUGGCUCUGCAAUCAGGAUUUUGUGCCUCUGGGAGUCUGUUUACCCUUUCAUUCUUGGGUUAGGUCUACCAAAUCGUCAUCACGUAGUUGUGUACCUGCUUGCCAAAUGUGAUAAGACUUCCCAAGAGCUCAUGAAGCACAUCAAAUUGGACCCAGAAGAGGUUCAGGCUUGUGCUUGGUUAACACCAGAGUCUGUCAAGUUUUUGUUGGAGGCCUGUGAACCGCCAGUGCAACCUUAUCAAGAAAUGUUCACUUUGACACCACAAGGCCAGCUUCAUAAGGAACAACUCAUCGUCUCCAGCAUGUUCCAUCCUGCCCUCUGGGGAAGAAGUGACAUUUACUCUGGGUCCCAGUUAGCCCUGACAAAGUGGUAUGAGUCGCUGUGCAUUGGCAGAAAUGCUAAAUUAUGAAUUUAAAUCGUGUAAUAUUUGAUUUUAUUCCAAGUUGAUUUAUUUAUUUUAUUUAGCGUUGUUUGUAACACAUUGAAGCAAUUAAAUCAGUAGAAUGGUUUA